CUUGCUGUAUCGCAUCACCUUUAUGGAUGUGGAUGUGGUGGAAACAUUGUGUUCAAUUUGGGUAUAAAAGUUUCCCAGUUAAAAUUAGAGCCAUUGAGAAUUCAGGGAAUAAUAAUGAACCAACCUAUGUUUGGAGGAGUGAAGAGGACGAAGUCGGAGCUGCGAUUGGCUGCGGACGAGCUCUUGCCGCUAAAUGUUGUGGACUUGAUGUGGGAGCUAGUGCUGCCAAAGCAAACCGAUAGGGACCACAGAUACUGUAAUCCUCUGUUGGAAGGUCCACACAAGGAGGCAAUAGGAAAGCUUGCAAAAUGCCUUGUGAUUGGCUUUGGUGGGGACAUUCUAAUUGAUCGCCAACAAGAGCUUGUGACGAUGCUCGUGAAGUGUGGGGUCCAGGUGGCAGCGAGGUUUGAUCCUGUGGGGUUCCACAAGGUUGAUAUGGGGGACCCUGAGCGAUCUAAUGCAGUUCUUAACAUUGUUAAGGAAUUUAUCCUUUGA